AUUACCUUUUUCCGAAAUUCGAUGUGAAGAAUAGAAAUAGCUCACUGAUUGAAUGCGCCCUAUUUGCAACAGUCCUUCAGAGUGAAAGUUUUAAUUACGGAUGUGAUUCUGCGGCCCCUGGGUGUGUUCCUCAGAGCCUCAGGUGUCAGAUCGGGCCAUUUGAGACCAUCGGGACAAAAAAGUUCAUCACAGCGAAGGGAAACAGAAUGUACACAUCAAAGUCUUGCACAAAGCGAGGCGAGGAAUUCGAUAUUUCAUUAUACAAUGAACACAAAUACAUCCAACUAUUGAACACAGAGAUUCUACCAGAACCCUUGUAUUUCACAGGUAGUCUAUAUUAUCAUGUUUUGAAUAACGCCAUCAUCGGUUGUGAUUCAAAAAGGAAGAAAAUGGUUAUGAUACAUAUGUCAAAAACUGCCAGUAAGUUUACCUACAGGAAGUUGCGGAGUACAGUCAGCAGAUACUUCCGGGCACUUGGUGAAUAUAUGACCUACUUUAUUAUUGAAACAUUUAACAAUCUAAAUCCCAAACUUAUGGACAUGGCCGCGCAUUUUGUUGGUGAUGUACUUGUCCCAGGAACUGACCCUUGCCGUGUAACGCGGAGCAGUCACAUUGGAGUAACAGUUUUUGGCGAUAUGGCAGUAACAUACUGUCCCCUGUGGGCACAGGGGGCAACAGGAAAAAUAUCAAGAUACAAUCUUAAUCGGAAGAAAAAAGGCCACAAAUUAUACCUCAAAGAUGGUACUUUACUGUUUGCAGAAAAAGGCUUUGCUUACAGAGUAUGGAUCCCAAGUGGGAUUCUUUUAAUAGUACAUCUAGAAACGACCGUUGAUCCAAUUACGCUGAAGGCGAGCAUUUCCUUUUCGCUUAAAACUAAAUUGUGUGGCUUGGUUCCUCAUCAGCAUGUCAGAGCCAAAGGAUUGCAAUUCAGACUUGUUUCAGCAGUCAUUUGGGAUAAUGUAUUACAGAAAGUGAUCGUAAUUGCUCAAACGCAGAAACGGUAUCAAGGCACAAAGACAACAUUUUUGGGAAUUGAUAUGAAAGAUGGGUUAUUAGAUAUUAGAAGUGGCUUCGAGAAUCUCCAUGGCUUGGAUAUCCCCCUUGGCUCAAAAUAUAUUAUUUUCUUCGAUAAGUUGAGCGGUAAUAUGCAUUAUAUUCCUUUUCACAAAAAAGGACGAAGAGGGAGAGACAUGUAUUUCCAAAAUAUUGAAGUGUAUCAAAGAAUAUACAACAAGACGACACCCUAUGCAUAGCUCGUUUUCAUAUAUUUGUCGUCUUGUAUUCAUGAAAUGAGGGCAGUGCUGACGCUUCCUGGAGCUCCAGAGACAUUGGUAAUGUUGUACUCUAUGCACAAGCGUAUUGGCGACCAGUGUUACAGGUCUUUCAACAAUGGUCUCAUAUGCUCCCACACACAUCAAUCUUAAUCAAAGGAAGGCACAUGCCAAAGACAAGCGAGUUGGUCCGUGGCGGGUGUCGAAGUCACGAUGUUUAGAUAUCGUGUUCGACAACUUAGCCGCGAUAAAACGCCGCCUGGCCGACCAAUCUAUCCUAUUUUUAGGCAGGUUUUGAAACCCUUUCAAACGAUGUUGGAGGUACGAAGGCCUGUGGGAAUAAUCGCAGACAUCGAUGGCGCCAGAACGAAUUUCUUUUGACC